GCUGUAUUCGUCAGAGCACGUUAGCUCCUCAAGAACCAAUGACAUCCAACACCACUGCUCGUCCACAAAUCUGAAAUAAUAAGUGAAGAGGACGACCAUGGCGUACAAGAUCAAGCUCGUCUACUCCGCUCCAGGAACGGCACAUCGCGGCAACAAGAAAGUCGAUGUGGAGUCGUCAAUGACGCUGGAAGACUUGGCCAAGGUGGCGUUGGAAGAGGUUGGCUGUGACAAUGUGACGCUAUCCCUUGGAAAGAUCCAAUCCAACGACGACAGCAUUGACUGGAAAGGAAAUCCCUCGGCAUUGGUUUGGGAUGUAAUUCCCAAACUUAGCAUUGUGUAUUGUACGGGAGUAAACGAAGAGGCAGCCAACACAGCGCCUUCAAAAAAGAAUAAUCCGCCGCGACCCGAAGAUCAAAGUUCACGAAAGAAACCCAAAACGGACCAUUUGGUCGUUGAUCUACUGAGCAGUGAUGAAGAUGAUGAAAUUAUCUUGGAUGAUCCACGAGAUCCCACAAAGGUCGUCGAGGAAGGUGAACAUUGGAUUUUCCAGGAUGGACCAAAACGGUACCGUCAGGAAGAGGUUUUGGGAAAAUGGUUGCUCUUUCGAAAGCCAGAGACCAUCAGUAACACCUGGAAGCGUCUUGCAAAGGCCGUCAAAUCAGGACAACUCCAUGCUGCCAGUGCCAAGGUCGCCACACACUACAACAGCGUUACUAAUCCCAACAGCAACACAAGUGGACCGCAAAACUAUGUCAUUUGUGUCUACACUUCCGAAAAACGUCUGGAGGAGGUUGGACUCCAAUUGAUUCACAUGGUGAAACACAUUAUUCGCUAUAAGCGAGAUCAAGAAACCAUGGAUGGGAUCUACGCUACUACCACGUCUUCCAACCAAAAGGUAUCCUACAAGACACUCUACUGGAAUGCGGGCAAACCCAGCCACAAACGCACAUUGUGGACCGGCCAUCAAUCCCGGAAUCGGGCAGAAAAAGCCACUGCUGGAGAGCUCUCAUUUUCGUUUGACAAUGUCCAGCUCACAGUAACUGCGCUCAAACAUUACUACUACAAAAAAGGGAACAAGAAUGGUGAUGCCACCCAUCAAACUGUGCAAUUAGUGCGGGAACCCGAUAAUCGAUUCGACGCAAAUGCUAUUCAAGUCCAAUUGUCAUCAUCUUCGAAUCAAGUCAAAUUGGGAUAUCUUGCCCGAAAAGUCGCAGAAUUGGUGGCGCCAUGGCUGGACGAAUCGUUGAUCCAGGUCGAAGAAGCCACUGUAGUCAGUGUUGCCCACAACAAGGAGAUUGCAACGAUUCAGUUGAAGGGACGUGCUCAUCCCGACGCACAGGAACUGUUGGACUGUCUUGUUUGAAGUCGUCCCUACCGUAGCGCAAGAGUAGCGCGGAGUCCAAGAGGAAGAACACCGAAACAACUAGAAGAUACUACUAUCAAAGACAGAGAGAAAGAGAGAGAAAAAAAUGAUAUGAAGUGAACACAAUCUGUGGAAACCUUGUUAUGGACGUUGGGUCAAAAUAUAGACGUAAAUCUUGCAAUCUUUACUACCGGUAUGUAGCCCCCUCAAAGUGCCGGUCAUAGAAAAAUCAAAGACCAUUGUGCUGUCUUAGCUGCCGGCCACGAUUAAACCAAGAAACCCCC